UUCUAUCUACUGCCUUCUGCUAACUUUUUGUUUUAUUCUGUCUUCUAUCGUCUAUCGCACAUUGUCGACUUUCGUGCACGUCUCGUAUACCCGCCAUGACCGUGUACCCGUUUAUAUUAUCCGUUCGCUUUGCAGCAUUUGCGUUCGUCGCCUGUGUUCCCGUUCCGUUCGCAUUCGUGUCAGUCGAGAUUGAGAGUGCGAAUUUGGCCUACAGACCUAAUUUUACGUCUGCAGCCAAAACAAACCCAAUUAAAUACGUUAAAUUAGUGCAAAAUUAAAGUGAAAUAUAUGAAAUCACCUAAAUUAGGUGCUGCGUAAUGCGAUGUGACAAUAAAUAAAUGCGAAAAAUGUACAAAAUACGCAAUAAAAGCGAACAAAUUCGCUGGUGAUAGUACAUACAUAUGUGCAAAUUGCACAAUUGUAGAAUUUUUUCCUAUACUUCUAAAAAAAAGUACACAAAUUGAAGCAAAGUGAAGAAAUGAAGCAGCAGCAGCAGCAGCAGUGUCUUGUUUGCUAUUCGCUUUCGAUUUGCCAUUUUAUUAUUAUGUGUUGCCUCGGCGUGCUAAAAUAAGCCAGAAUCAAUGUGAAAAAUAAACGAGAAUAGAGUGGUAGAAGCUUCGUCGAUGUCGACGGCGAAGCCAGUGCUGACAACAGUAGCAAUAAUAACUAGUGCUUUCCAGAGAUACUCGCAUUAUAAGGAAUCGUACCUGUGACUUAACAAAUUUUACAUAGAAAAUAUAUGCACAUUCGAAUAACUUUCAAUAAUCUCAGAAUAAGUGUUUCGUGUUUACUUCGUCCUGCAAUGGACGGCUUUAACGUUCCAAUGUUGUCCGAUAAUGGCUAUAGUAGUAACAGUAGCAACAACACACCACAAACACAUACACAUCAUCACAAAGAUCAAAUGCUUAGUGCUGGCAGUGCCCCAGCCACGCCAUUCAUAUACGAUCAUCCCGCCAGCCAUAAAGGAAUCAACCAAGUGUCGGUCAGUUUGAAGUCCACCAACGACUAUGCCACCUUCACCAAUUGCAUUCAACAAUCCGCGUUGCUCGAUCACCGUACAGUCGAUGCUAAUAUCGAUGGUGUUUCGCUCAGCAGCCUAUGUGACCUGAAAUUUCCCAGUUCACCUUCGGGUGAUAGUAAUUUUAAGAAUAUUUCACUUAUAAAUAUCGAGGCUAAUCAGGUGCUAGUGCCAGCGAAAGGUAUCGCUGCAAGCGAUUUGAUUACCGAUGGCGUCGGCAAUGGCAUCGAGCCGACCUUUUCAAAUAUUUUAUAUGCCAAGGACGACGUUGUCAUAGAAACGAAGGAUAUGCGCGUCGACUGCGACGCAGCUCAGGUGACACACGUGACGCACUACUUACCCCUGAAAGCCAUCAAUGAUGCUGAGACGAAGUUUCCAAAGGCCACAGUCACGGCCACGGCUGCUGCUGAUGCACCAACGGUGACUCCGUUGAAUGCCAGUGCAAUGGCUGGGGUGCAGACGGUCAGUACAAAGCCGAGUGCUGGGGAUGGUGGCGGCAGAAACAACAACAACAACAACACCAGUGGUCGCAUGAAGCGGGGAAAUGCUGGUAGUAGAAAUGGGCGCACAGCUGCAAAUCGCCAACGACAACAACAGCAGCAGCAGCAACAGCUGUUACAACAACAACAGCAGCAGCAGCAGCUACAAAUACAGCCAGCGGAAGCUAUAACUCACACUGUAACAACGGCAGGGCGUGGCGACUACUUGUCACCUAGUAGUCUUAACGUUUUCGUGACGGAUAACCAGGCGUUAAGUGAUUUCCACAACAGUUCAGCUGAUAAUCGAAUCACAACAACAACGUCCACAAUAAUAACCACUGCCACUGCCAGCAGCAAGAGCAUCACAACAAAUGCCAAUAAUAAUUUCAUUGCCAGCAAUCAUAGCCAGAUUGCCAGCGGUAGCUGCAGCAAUGCCGCCAACACCACCAAUACCAAUAGCACUAAUAAUAACAGCAAUAACAACUGCAACAAAAACAAUGUACAAAAUAUGAACAGUAUUGCAACAAUGGGGCAUAACCGGGCAACAGUUUUGCAGCCAGUUGUCGAUGAGACGAAAACGUUGGGCUCACCCACCCAGCAGCAGCCAGGUCAGCAACAACAGCCACGACGGCCUGCUGCAGUAAUCGUAUCCACCUUGUCGAAAGGCAGCUGCAUUAGCAAAAGCAAUAGUGUCAACAUAAAUAUCAAUCAUGCCAACAACAAUAGCAAUGUAAGUGGCAACAAUAGCACAAUGUCACCGAUUUCUAUAGAUGCUGCCACAGAGCCAGAGAUACAACAGUCACCACAGCAGCAGCAGCAGCAGCAACAGCGGCAACAACAGUUGCAACAAAUGCAUUCAGCAAAUGUUAGCACCGAAUGUGAUUCACUAUCGUCCAUGGAUAUGAGCGAUGGUAGUUUUGACGUCGCACAUAUUGAGGACCUUGCAAACGAUGCACUUGUAAAAAUUGUUAUGCUUGCUGCAAUAACAACAGCAACAACAACAACAACAACAACCACAAAAACAACAUGCAAUUAA